GCAUAUUUUACAGGGAUAUCUGUGGUCAGCUGCAUUUAGUGUGAGGUCCUUAGACCCUGGUGUCAUUGCUGAAUGACCGAAGAUGUCUCAUAGCAGGUUGUUUGCCAAGCUGCUUUUGCAGCAGAGUGGAGUCAGACACUGCUAUACAGGAUCCAGAAAGAACCUCUACAUCUCCAAGGACACAAAGGUCAUCUGUCAGGGUUUCACAGGGAAGCAGGGCACGUUUCACAGUCAGCAGGCUCUUGAUUAUGGGUCCAAGUUAGUUGGAGGCGUUUCACCCGGUAAGGGCGGCAAGACGCACCUCGGCCUUCCGGUUUUUAACUCGGUCAAAGAGGCGAAGGAGGGCACAGGGGCAGAUGCCACUGUCAUCUAUGUCCCUCCCCCGUUUGCGGCAGCAGCCAUCAUCGAGGCCAUCGACGCAGAGAUCCCUCUGGCUGUGUGCAUCACCGAGGGUAUCCCCCAGCAGGACAUGGUGAGAGUCAAACACAAACUGCUGCGCCAGAACACCACCCGCCUGGUGGGCCCCAACUGCCCCGGAGUGAUCAACCCUGGGGAAUGCAAGAUUGGCAUCAUGCCAGGGCACAUUCACAAAAAAGGACGCAUCGGCAUUGUUUCUAGAUCGGGCACUUUGACGUAUGAAGCUGUGCACCAAACUACACAAGUGGGCCUGGGCCAGUCGCUCUGUGUGGGUAUUGGCGGCGAUCCCUUUAAUGGGACGAACUUCAUAGACUGUCUGGAGGUGUUUCUGCAAGAUCCAAAGACGGAGGGAAUCAUCCUUAUCGGAGAGAUCGGAGGGAAUGCAGAGGAAAACGCGGCUGAGUAUUUGAAACAGCACAACUCUGGUGCUAAGGCAAAGCCCGUGGUGUCCUUCAUUGCGGGGCUGACGGCUCCUCCUGGCCGUAGGAUGGGCCAUGCCGGCGCCAUCAUCGCCGGUGGGAAGGGCGGAGCCAAAGAGAAGAUCGCCGCCCUUCAGUCUGCCGGAGUUGUCGUCAGCAUGUCCCCGGCUCAACUGGGCAGCACCAUGUACAAGGAGUUCGAGAAGAGGAAGAUGUUGUAGGAUGUGUGAGACAGCUGACCUUUGACCCUCUUCCCUCCACCGCCUGCUACGUGAAGUGAUUCUGGAGGUGGACGUGCCCUACAGGAUCUGUAAACCCUGAUAAUUUCAUCAAAGAUGCGCACAUCCAGUGUUUAUAUUGUAAUUUCAGCCAUGAACUUGUACCUUGCACAUAAUGGAAAAGAAAAUAAAACAGUAGUGUCUUAAUGGCUUUCAUAAAGAUCUCAUUGUACACCCUUUAA